AUGGAUAAAUACUUAAAAGAAGGAAAGAAUUUAGUAAAGACAUCGUUAAAGAAGAGUCCCGAUGCAGGAUCUUCACCUGCUACUACUACACCACCAUUGUCACCAACUCAAGAAAGAAUCAAUGGCAAUCUAUCAAGAAAGGAUGCUAAAAAGGUAACCAAGAGAAGAACACUUGUUCACCCUGUAUUCUAUAUAAAGUUUUUCAAAGGUUUCAUUACCUUUUUUAAGGGAUUCUACUUAUCAAUCAAUACCAAAGAGAUUAGAAAGACCUAUUUUGAAACAUUAAAGAUUAUGUUGAUUAUGAUGGCAUCGGUUUAUUUGGCAUUGACUCUACUAUCAUUCCCAGUGAUGGCAUUGAUGGGAUUGUUUACAAAACUUGGCUUGGGUCACUUUGAAACGAUACAGAUCCACUUUACACCACUUAAUCUUCUCUCCAAGAUUGCCUUUUUCAUCCCAAUGGUCUUUAUUGGUGUACUUCGUUAUGUCUUGCCAUCCUACAACGAGGACAUGUUUUUCAAUGUGAUGGCCUCACAAAACAAACAAUUGGCAGAGUUUCUCAAAGAGUCACCAGUCGUCAAACAGUAUCCAUUCAGUGGCUACAUGAUCCGUUUUGGAAAGAUGGCCUUGUUUGGUGGUGUUGUCUACUUGUUCUCGAUGGUCCCUUAUAUCGGUACCUUUGUAUUGGCAGCUUCCAACUUUUACUAUGCCUAUCAACCACUUGGCAUGGGUAUGUCUUUUAUCCUAUCAGUCAUCUCUCUUCAUCCAAGUUUAAAGAGUCAUUCUGCAUACAUGCUCAAAGCACUCAUGGCCAGUUAUUCUCUUGGUAAAGAAUUAUUAGAAGUUUAUUAUUGUCGUGUACCCGAUGCAAAACAAGAGAUUUAUAUUAAUCGUAGAUUCUUUGGAUGGUUAUUUGGAUUCUCAAUUAUUUCAAUGUAUGUUUUAUCGAUUCCAUAUGUUGGUAUCUCGCUUUGGGGUGUUAUCCAAGGUUCAGCUUCAUUCCUAGUUAUUCGUAUUCUUGAAAGAAACAAAUUCAAAGAAGAUGUACAACAUGAUACAUCUAUUAUUCAUCUAUUUGGUGAACAAUGUGUCACAGCUGCUGAACACCAUAAAGUAUUCUAA